GGGCUGGGAGGAACGGCGGGCAUCCCCUGCGUGGUGAGGAGCCAGGUGAGGGGAUCCGAUGGAGGGCAGUGCUGGGGAACAGGGUGCAUCGGGCAGCGGUGGGAUGCCAGGGUCACCCUCCGGCUCAUGGGCAGUCAAGCCUGCCUGUGGAGUGGGGGGUGUUAGGUGGAGAGUGUGGGCAGACAAUCGCCCAAGGGACGGGGGUCCCCCAUGGUUCUCACCUGGUCUCACCAGUACAGCUGUGCUGGGAAGGAGUUAACACCGGCCGCAGGAUCCCACCCUGGCCCCGCUCCCUUCCUGUGCAGCAGCCUGGCCCCUCCUGGCUUUUCCUCCUUUCCAGACAUUGUGACGGGUCUGUGUGCAAGCAAGGGGUAGGGGCUCAGCUGGGCUGCAGGGUCUCCAGAUGCUGGGAGUGCAGCAUCCCAGUGCCUGGGGGACAUGGGCACCCUGCCGUGGAGGGUCCCACUCGGCUCCAGGACCAGGUGGCAGCAGCCUGUGCCCAGAAGCAUCCAGUAUCUCCAGGCAGGCAUCAUGGAGGCACCUGGCGGGACCCCCACCAGCCCAACCCACAGAGUCCAGAAUGUCAUUCAGAACAGCCCUCUGGACCUGAUUGACACGGGCAGGCUAAAAGUGCAGACGGAGAAGCCGCAUUUGGUGACUGGCAGCGGCCGACUCAGCACUGCCAUCACGCUCCUGCCCCUGGAGGAAGGAAAGACCACCAUCGGCACGGCCAUGACAGACAUUGUCCUGCAAGGCCCUGGGCUGGUGCCUCAGCACUGCUACAUUGAGAACGUGCAGGGGACGCUCACCCUGCACCCCUGUGGCAACACCUGCGCCAUCGAUGGUGUGACUGUCCGGCGGCCCACGCGCCUCACCCAAGGGUGCACCAUCUGCCUGGGCCAGGCCACCUUCCUCCGCUUCAACCACCCUGCUGAGGCCAAGUGGAUGAAGAGCAUGAUACCGGCGGGGGGCAGGAGCCCAGCGGCUUCUAUGGGCUGCCAGCAAGUAGGUGACCCCCUUUAUCCCAGGCAGGAGCCCGAGGCCCUAGUGAACGGUGGCCACCAGCCAUCAGAGCGUGGGUGUCCCAGCCAUAGCUCCCUCGUCAGCUCAAUUGAGAAGGACCUGCAGGACAUCAUUGACUCUGUGCUGGAGGAGCCGGCAUCCCCUGGCAUCCAGAAGCCACCGGCCUGUGGCCGGUCCCCUCUCUCCCCUGUGGUGAAUGGGGUGGACGCUGCCUCCUGUCCCCCUACCAGCCCCGGGGCUGCCUCAGGAGGCUCCAGCUAUGACUUCUCUCCACUCUCCUCCCCGACCAGCAGCAGCAGCUACACCACCUCGCUCAGCAGCCAGGAGCAGGGGCCACCUGUGCCCCCCGUUGUCCACUCCGCUCCUCCAAGCUACAACCACACCGUGCAGCCACCCACCCUGCCCAGUGGGAGUCCUGGUGAGCCUUGGCCAGUUGAGAGGCUCGGCGACCAUAGGGCAGGCAGCCCCCGGCUGACACCCAGGGGUGGCACCGCGGCCACGGGCGGCCCUACAGGAGCGGCCCCCGAGCCCCUUCCGGCUGUCCCAGAGGCCCGGCUGCAGCCCCCGGAGAGCCCGCGGGUGGCCCGGAACAUGGAGAGCAUGCGGGAGUUGCCCCCCCUGAGCCCCUCCUUGUCACGCUGGGCCGCCAGUCCCCGGGCGGCUCCUGAUGCCCCCUCCCCACAGCCCCGGCUGGGCAGGGAGGUGCCUGGCAGUCCCGUGCAAGGCGCAAGGGCUCGGAAGGUCGAGAGGUGCCGGGAGCCCCUCGCCCCACUGCUGGCAGAGACCUCCACACGCCGCCCCAGCUUUGGCACUUGCCUGAGCCCAACAUAUGGGCUGAGCUCACCGGCCAUGCCCUCGCCUCAUCAGAGCCCCCGUGCCCCCAGGAAGCCUUGGGACCCCCGGCUGCCAGCAGGGCCACGAGAGCGCAAGAACAGCAUCACCGAGAUCAGCGACAAUGAGGAUGAGCUGCUGGAGUACCACCGGCGGCAGCGGCAGGAGCGGGUUCGGGAGCAGGAGAUGGAGCGCCUGGAGCGGCAGCGCCUGGAGACCAUCCUGAACCUCUGUGCUGAGUACACCAAGACGGACAGCACUGAGCCGGGUGACGUGCCCCGGCUCCUGGCUGGUGAUGCGGAUCCUGGCCGGCGGGUGCCCAGGGGUGCUGUGGCUCUGGGCCGUGCGGCUGAGGAGCUACGGCAGAGGGAGAGCCUGGAGAAAUCAGAUGAGGAGAACUUGAAGGAGGAGUGCAGUAGCACUGAGAGCACCCACCACGAGGUAAGGGGACAGCUGUCACGAGGAGUUGACAGGCCCCGGGCCAAAGAGGCGCAGCGGCUGGAGGAGGAGCGUGCCAGGGUCCUCGGCCACCUGGACCAGCUGAAGGGCCGUGUCAAGGAGCUGGAGCAGCAGCUGCAGGAGACAUCACGAGAGGCAGAGAUGGAGCGGGCACUGCUGCAGGGUGAGCGGGAGUCAGAGGCGGCGCGGCUGCGGCAGGAGCAGGAAGCAGUGCAGCAACUGCAGGAGAAGCUCUCCAGCCUGGAUGCCAGCAUCGCAAGGAGCGGGACAAGGGCAAAGAUGAUGACUGCUGAAAGGAAGGAGCUAGAGCAACUCCGGUUUUACCAUGAGUCGAAGAGCCACCUUGAUAAGUGCCCCGAGUCAAUGCGGGAACAGUUGCGGGAGCAGAUGCGAAGGGAGGCAGAGGCACUGGAGACAGAGGCCAAGCUGUUUGAGGACCUGGAGUUCCAGCAGCUGGAGCGUGAGACCCUCGAAGAGGAGCGUGAGGCACGGGGCCAGCAGCUCCUGCAGCCGGGCCGAGUGCAAACCGCAGCAUCGCCCGCAGGAAGCCAGCUCAUCCCUGCUGCCUCUCCCCAGGAGCGGUGGCUGCCCUGGAUGCCCAAGCUGCCCAGAUUCGGCUGCAGAGUGCCAGAGGCCGAGCGCCUGAACCAGGAGCGAGCAGCGUCCUGCAGCUCCUGCAGAAGCAUCAGCAGCUGUCCCUCGGCUCUCACUGUCACUGUGCAGGAGAAUGAAGCUCAUGUCUCUGAGAUGCGAUACCAGCUCGUCACAGGUGGCAUGAGCUUCCCCAAAAUGUCCUCGGCUCUCAGAACAAAGGUCUCCUACAGCUGCGGGGGCUUAGCCAGGGAGUACACGGGAUCCCUGGGGGUCUGCACGUCAAAUUCUGGGGGAGUGGUGCAGGCACAGGCAGGGAUGCUACAACCUCUUCUCUGUGCAUCUGUCCCUCUUGCUGCAUUUGUCCUUCAUCCUUUCUCACAUGGCCUCUCUCUCCAGAUGGAGCAGCAGCUGCCAGGAGGCCCCAUGUGCCUCCCGGCUCUUGAUUUAGAGAAAUGGUACCAGGAGGUCAUGGCUGGCUUUGAGACCUCCUCUUGCCCUGUCUCUCCUCCUUCUUCCCCUCCUCCACUUCCAGCUAAAGCUCACUCUUCUCACAAGGCUCUCCAGGUCUAUCGUGCAAAAACAGAGGGUGAUGCUGGUGUCCCCACCCCUCGGAUGAAGAGUGGGACCCCUCGUCUUCGCAGCUCAACCUCUCUGUGCUGGGGCAGCCCCUCGCCCAAGGGCCCCCCAAGCCCAGCGGGCAGCCUGCCCCGCAACCUGGCGGCCACGCUGCAGGACAUCGAGACCAAGCGCCAGUUGGCCCUGCAGCAGAAGGGUCAGCAGGUGAUCGAGGAGCAGAAGCGGCGUCUUGCGGAGCUGAAGCAGAAAGCGGCUGCCGAGGCGCAGUCCCAGUGGGAAGCCCUGCAUGGGCAGCCCCCCUUCCCCGCUGCCUUCCCCCGGCUCAUGCAUCACUCCAUCCUCCACCACCACCGUCCCCAUGGCGCUGGGCCCCGGGCCGAGGAGCUGGACCAUGCAUAUGACACCCUUAGCCUGGAGAGCUCAGACAGCAUGGAGACCAGCAUCUCCACCGGCAACAACUCUGCCUGCUCACCCGACAACAUCUCCAGUGCCAGCGGGAUGGAGACAGGGAAGAUUGAGGAGAUGGAGAAGAUGCUGAAGGAGGCACACGCUGAGAAGUCACGGCUGAUGGAGUCCCGGGAGCGGGAGAUGGAGCUGCGCCGGCAGGCGCUGGAGGACGAGCGCCGGCGCCGGGAGCAGCUGGAACGCCGGCUGCAGGAUGAGACCGCACGGCGGCAGAAGCUGGUGGAGAAGGAGGUCAAACUGCGGGAGAAGCACUUCUCACAGGCUCGUCCCCUGACGCGGUACCUCCCCAUCCGCAAGGAGGACUUCAACCUGCGGCUGCACAUUGAGUCCUCGGGCCACAGCGUGGACACCUGCUACCACGUCAUCCUGACUGAGAAGAUGUGCAAGGGCUACCUGGUCAAGAUGGGGGGCAAGAUCAAGUCUUGGAAGAAGCGCUGGUUUGUCUUUGACCGCAUGAAGCGCACCCUCUCCUACUACAUGGAUAAACACGAGACAAAGUUGAAGGGUGUCAUCUACUUCCAAGCCAUUGAAGAAGUUUACUACGACCAUCUCCGCAGUGCUGCAAAGAGCCCCAACCCUGCACUCACCUUCUGUGUCAAGACCCAUGACCGUCUCUACUACAUGGUGGCACCCUCGGCCGAAGCCAUGCGCAUCUGGAUGGACGUCAUUGUCACCGGGGCAGAGGGUUACACCCAGUUCAUGAACUGAGGGGUGGUGCUGUGCACCCCAGAUCCACCACUUGGACAGACUCCUGAGGAUCCCAAGCAGUGAGGAGAUUCUGCGGGAGUCACAGUCCCUGCUGCACCCUGUGCCAAGGGCUGUGCACGCCAUAGCAGUGGAGCUACACUGGGCCCAUGCUGGGUGGCACUGAGCAGGGCCUGCUCAGCCAAGGGAAUAAGAUUUUUUAUGCUGACUUUUUAAAAACAAAAUUUAUUUGAAAAAGUGCUGAAAUGUAAGAAGCUGCCAAAGAGCUGCCAGGGCCUGAGCUUUCUGCCUUGGGGAGGUGCUGGAUUUGAGGCCGACACUUAACCACACUCACACUGUUGCCACAGUGUUCCAGGGAGGGAUGGUGAGGCCCCAGCUGGACAGGACCCCCCCCCCCGUGGUAGACCCAGACCCCUCUUUGUAAACCUUUUGUAACUCCAAAUCGGUGUCCUGCCCGUGCCGCGGCUGGAUGGGUAUUGUGGGGCUGCCCAGCCAUAAAGCAUUUAAUGAACCGGGCUCAGCCCCUCUGUGUGGCCUCUGGUCUGGCCAGACCAGAGCCUCCCGUGG